AUGUCGGAUGUUUUGAAAGAUAAAGCAACCUGCUUUUUAAAGAAAAGAGGCAGCAUUUCCUCUUUUGGGAGUCAUGAGGUCAAGGCAAAAGAAUUCCUUGGAAAAAACAAAGACUCCAUAAGUACAGUGCCUUACAUGGAUGAGCCUGGCCACCAUGAUGAUACUCUUCGCCCUGCUGUUCAGAUGGAGAACACUUAUCAGCUGAGUCCUGCAAAAUGUUUUCCAGUGGCCACUGUGAAUAAUAUCUUGAAGGAUGUGGUAGCAAGUUAUCUUCAAGAAGAAAAAUAUGAAGCAGAGUUGUGCAGACAAAUGACAAAGACUAUCUCUGAGGUAAUUAAGGCUCGCAUAAAAGACCUGAUGAUACCAAGAUACAAAAUUAUUGUGGUCAUACAUAUUGGGCAAUUAGACAAGCAAAGCAUACAGAUCGGAAGCAGGUGCCUCUGGGAUACUACAAGUGAUACUUUUUGCUCAUAUGCCUUCAAAAAUAGAUCAUUGUUUGCCCUUGGAAAUGUCUAUGCAGUUUACUCUGAGUAG